UAUUUUUUCGAUCUCUCUUCCCAAUCUCUGUCUCUCUCUCAAUCUCUCUCAAAAAGAGACCAGAAACCCAAUUACCACAAGCUUUGUUCCGCAGCCUCCGUUCCUCAUCCUCCCAUCAAAACACGCGCGCGCGCGCACACGCAUAAUCAAGGUGAGUAGAUGGGUAGAGACAGAGACUUGUCAAGGUCACCGUCGUACAGACGGAAAUACUCACGGUCUCCGUCGCCGGUGGGUCGUCGCCGGAGCAGCCGGAGAGACAGGAGCAGAUCUCGUUAUUCUUAUAGCAGGUGAUACCCUUUACUUUACUCUCUCUUUUUUCCUCGACUCUCGUUUCGUAUCGUAUAAUAAGUUGUGUUCACAUGUGUAAUAUAAAAAUUAGUAAUCAUGGUAUUACUUAGUACAGAUGUCUUAAGGUUUCUGUAUUAUAAUGAGACCAGUUUGGUCGUAGAGGAUUGCGGAAUAGAUGAUCAUGUAUGCGGGUAUUCGGAUAGGUUUAGUUUUAGUUUGUAAAGGGUGCUUUGUGAUUUUUAAUAAUCGAGUACUAAUAAUAUUGUAUUUAAGUAUCUUAUAUGUUAUAUUGUAGCUCAUUGGUAUGAGAGAUAAGAAAGAUUGAUAAGAGCUUGGGUUUUGCUGAAUUUAUAUUAGUUUGUUAAAUUUUUCGAGUGGGUGCUAAUAGAUUUAUUCUUUUGGUUGUUUGGGUCUGAAUGAAUUGACCAAGAAUUUGUAAAUAUAUAAUUUUGCUACUAUGAAUGUAAUCUCUGUAACUUAUUAACAAGAGGUUGGUACAUCCUAACUCACUUAAAUAGUAAGAAAGAUGGAUAAAAGCUUCGAUAUUUUCUCCAAUUAUAUAUAUCUUUUAGUUCUUAAAGUUGGUGGUACUAGAUUCAUAUUUUAACACGCUUAUGUGUUGGGCAGUAAGAAGAGUUUGUGUGUCUGUUUGGUACAUUUUUGAAUAUAGCUAAAGUUAUCUUUUUGUCUGUUUUACCUAAUUUAUUUUUUCCCCUUGUACUAAGCCCUCGCCUCUACCCCCUAGCCCCUGGAGGUAUGUACCCGACCUAUGUAUUGUAACAACGUCAUGGUAGAAGUAUAUAGUAUAUUCCAUAUAUCUGUAUUAAGGCUUCAGUGAAAUCAGUACUUCAUUUAGCUGGAUACACAUUGAUAAGUAAAUUAUUUAAUUUUUCAUGGAGUAUUUAAUAUUCAGAUCGAUUGUAUAUGUAUUUGCUAUGGGUAACGUGUCUACUUGUCUUGGAAAUAUUAUUGCUUCUUUGAGUAUUCUUUGGCAUUGAUGAAUUUUAACACGUGGUUAACAAUCAAACACAAUCGCAUUCAGAUUAUAUGCAGUAAUGUAAUAUAUGCUCAUAAUAUUGACUUCUUUGUUCAAGUUGUCCUAGCAGAUGGGUUCGAUAUUCAAAGUUGUGUACCUUGCUUAUUGCCUCAUGAUAUGUUGCUGGCGUGAGGGUGUCACUAGCAUCUUGAUAAUCUUCAUGCUUACCGUUGAUGAACUUCAUGCUUUAUUCAAGUUUUUUUUUUCCAAUGUGUUCCCAAUGUAACAUUAUGCCGCUCAAGUUUAAGUAACACUGUAUGUGAUGUCUGAUUAGCGGGAGAUUAUAACAGUGAAUGAAUAUUUUGGAAGAUUCCAGCUAACCUGUCUAAGAACGUUUCAAAUGUAAAUUGGAUAAGCUAGGACAUGUAAAUAUUUUUUUAAUAGGAUAUAAAGAAAUCAGUUGCUUCCCUUUCUCUGGGAAGUGAGCAGGUGAUGGGUGCCGAGGGUGUCUUUUCGUUGAUUAUCAAAUUAGCGGUUUCUUGUGAUAAAAGAUGGAGCACACAGUUUAUUCUUAGCAAUAUAUGAGACGAAAAAGUCGAUCAAUAUCACCACGGCGCCGCAAAAGUCGUUCCCCUACUCCAAGGCGUCGCAGGAGUCGUUCUGCCACUCCAAGGCGUUAUAAAAGACAACGAAGUAUAUCUACAUCGUUGUCUCCUAUAAAAAGGUCACCCAGUACUGGGUCAUUAGAGCUCAAAAAUGUAACUGAAAAGUCAAAAAAAGAUGAAGAAGAGAAGAGAAGGCGCCAGCAGGAGGCAGAAUUAAAAUUGCUGGAAGAAGAAACUGCAAAGAGAGUGGAGGAAGCAAUUCGGAAGAAAGUUGAAGAAAGCUUGAAUUCUGAGGAGAUUCAGAUGGAAAUAAAAACAAGACUGGUCGAGGGUCGGAAGAAGUUAAUAGAUGAGGUUGCAGCUCAACUUGAGAAAGAGAAGGAAGCUGCUGUUGUCGAGGCUAAAAGAAAAGAGGAAAAAAUGCGAAAAGAGAAAGAAGAGCUGGAAAGGAUGAUUGAGGAGAACCGCAGGAGGGUGGAAGAAGCUCAAAGAAGAGAAGCCUUAGAGCAACAACGGAGGGAGGAAGAACGUUACAGAGAGUUGGAAGAGCUUCAAAGACAAAAAGAAGAGGCUCUGCGAAGGAAGAAACAACAAGAAGAGGAGGAAAAGUCAAACCAAAUGAAGUUGUUGGGCAAGAACAAGUCACGACCAAAGUUGUCCUUCGCAUUAGGUUUGAAAUGAUCAAGAUUUAUGAACUUUUUUAUCAAUAUAUCAUUGACAUAUGGCUACCUUUCUUGUAAUCAGACAUGUUUGUUGUGGAAACACUGAAAAGUGUUUCCAGAUUUGCUUAUUUUUGCUGCUGGUGUAAUAUCAAGUAGGGUAAGACAUGUUUUUGCUUUGAGUUGGUUUCAUAUUGUCUGUUAGAAGGGGGAAGACAUGUUUUGAGUUGAUAUUCUCUUAGUAAUUUAUUAGGUUGAUUUUUUGUUGCA